CUCCUCUUUGGCUUGCUCAUCUCUUUCUCCCGGCGCCCAGUGUACAGUUCUAUGAUCAAUUGAUCAUCAUUGAAUUCAUCGGGUUCUUUAUCUUCAUUUCCAAUGGGCUGUACGGUUGGAGACAAGCAUUUCCGGGCCAACCGGAGGGCUCGAUCGUUGAAAUCAGCUCUCGAGCAUGGAAACAACAACGGUGACAAAUCAUCGGUUCCAUCGCCCGCCGCCUGUCUGGAAUCUGGCCACGGUUCGCCUCACAAUACAAACUUUAGUUCGAACCCUAAUUCAGAUGAAACAGGUUGUGGAUUUUGUACUGAGGAACAGUUGGAGGAAAUUUUGUUGAAGAAUUUGGAAUUUUUAUAUAAUGAAGCUGUUUCAAAGCUUGUGGCUUUGGGUUAUGAUGAGGAAUUUUCUCUUAAUACCAUCCUUAAGAGUGGCCAUAGCUAUGGACAAAGUGAUGUUUUGACUAAUAUCAUGCACAACUCCUUGAGCUAUUUAAAUGAUACUAGUGUUUCUGAUGACAAUACACCAUGUUUUUCUGAUUUAAAGCAGUUGGUUGAGUACUCACUUGCUGCGUUAAUAUGUUUUUUGCAAAGAAUUAAGCCUCAUUGGAGUAAAGGGGAUGCUAUGUGGUGUCUUCUAAUGAGUGAUCUUCACUUGACUCGAGCUAGUACGUUUGAAUUUCCUGUUACACCGUCUUCAAACAAUGCAGCGAGUAUGGGCAGCAGCAAUAACCCUACUGGGAUUAACCCAGCUUCAUGUAAGUUUCAUGGAGGAUGGGGCUUUGGAAAUGGGGGGACCUCUGAGUUUCCUUCUAAUGAAUCUUUCUCCUAUGCAUCAGAAACGACUUUGCAGAGAGAGAUUGAAUGCCCAAAGAAAUAUAACCUCACACCUUCAAUGAAGUCCUUGUUGAAAAAGAAUGUUGCAUUGUUUGCUGCUGGUUUUAGAGCAAACUCAAGACAGUUGCAAAUUCAGUCUCAAGUUCCCCCUACCUCUGUAACAGGUCUUGAUCGGAUUUCUGAAAUCUCAAAUGAGCAUAAGAAUAGCAAAGAGUUCCAAGUUUCAAGAAGCCAUGAGGUUGUUGCCAAUGCGGUAUUGAGUAAAUUUCGUGAAAUGAAUCUCGAUGAGGGAACCGAGUGUGUGACGGACGAUCAGAAGGAUGAGGUGAUAUUGAAUUUAAUUAGGCAGAUUACGGAUCUUGAGAAACAAGUGAAGGAGAGGAAAGAAUGGGCUCACCAGAAAGCUAUUCAGGCUGCAAGAAAGCUCAGCACUGAUCUUACAGAGUUAAAAAUGUUAAGAACGGAAAAGGAAGAAACACAACGAUCGAAGAAAGGGAAGCAAACACUUGAAGACUCGACGAUGAAGCGUCUCUCUGACAUGGAGAAUUCUCUGAGGAAGGCAAGUGGUCAAGUUGACCGUGCAAAUGCAGGUGUAAGAAGGCUCGAAGUAGAGAACGCUGAAAUUAGAGCAGAGAUGGAGGCGGCUAAGUUAAGUGCUUCAGAGUCGAUUAAUGCAUGUUUGGAAGUUGCAAAGCGCGAGAAAAAGUGUCUGAAGAAGCUUUUGGUCUGGGAAAAGCAGAAAACUAAGCUGCAGGAUGAAAUUUCAGCUGAGAAUCUUAAGCUAUCAGAGUUGCAGAAAGAGUUGGUUCAGACUGAGGCAGCUCAAAAGAAGGCUGAGGAAAAAUGGAAGCAGGAGCAAAAAGGUAGAGAGGUUGCAGAAGCUGAAGUUGAGAAAGAAAGGCACCUUAAGGAAGAAACAGAGUCAAAUAACAAAAGGAAGCUUGAAGCAUUGCGGUUAAAGAUAGAGAUAGACUUCCAGCUACACAAGGACGACAUCCAAAGACUUGAACAGGAAUUGUCUCGCCUGCAAGUUACAGCAGCAGCAGCAACAACAAAAAGCGACUCUCAUAACCAUAAUCAUCAGCCAAAGAAUUCGUUAACAACCGAUCCUCCCAAAUCAGGACAAGAAACAAGAAUUGCAAAGCUGCUUAACAAAUUAGAUGCAUCCUUAGAGAAGAAUGGAGGAGGACCAUGCAACACUGAGAGAAAAUGCUUAAUCUGUAAGAAAGAAGAAGUUUCGGUCGUUUUCCUUCCCUGCACUCAUCAGGUUCUCUGUUCCAGCUGUAAUGACAUUCACGGGAAGAAGGGGAAAACUACUUGUCCCUCCUGCAGGCUGCCCAUAGAACAGAGGAUUCGCGUAUUUGGAGCCGCCUCCUAGAAAGAAAGAAAGUGUUAAGAGAGUACUAGAAACUAUCAUAAUAAUAAUGUUUUUUUUCUUCUUCCAAAUAGACAUAUAUUAUGAUAACUAUUAUAGAAUUGCCCUGGUUUUGGUU